GUCAAACGGGUUAUUUAGAUUAUUGCAGAUCGUUUUUUUUUCUCUUUUUCAAUCAACCCAAUUAUCUUGCCUGCUCUCUGCAUAAGUUGAUGUUAAUGUAGUAUUCAAAAGGUUCAGUUAUUUUAGCAUUCUUCUAUAUUAGCAUGUUAAUUUGGACAAAGUUGAAGUUUGGAGGUAAUUUAGAGUAGAUUGAAGCUGAAACAAUGAAUUCUCUUAAUUUUAGAAGAUGAGUAGUACUAGCAGCUUGGUUUCAAGAACCCUAAAGCUAAAGAAUCCAAAACUUUUGCUACUAGAAUCCUGCUCCAAUUUGUCCCACCUGAAAAUCAUUCAUGCCUAUAUGAUCAGAACCCACACAAUCGUUGAUGUGUUUUCAACCAGUCGUUUAAUUUCCUUUAGCAUAGACAAGAACUUGCUAGAUUAUGCAUUACAGGUCUUUUACCAAAUCCAAAACCCUAAUCUUUUUAUUUUCAAUGCAUUUAUCAGGGGAUAUUCUGGAAGCGAAAGCCCAGGUCAGUCCUUUCACUUUUACAUCCAAUCUCAAAGAUUAGGCAUUUUUCCUGAUAAUCUUACAUACCCGUUUUUAGUCAAGGCAUGUACUCAAUUGGGUUCUAUAGAUAUGGGAAUGCAAGCUCAUGGUCAUGUUGUUAGGCAUGGAUUUGAAAAUGAUGUUUAUGUGCAAAAUUCACUUGUUAAUAUGUAUUCUAAUCUAGGGGACAUAAGGGCUGCAAGUUAUAUCUUUCAAACAAUGUCUCAGUUAGAUGUUGUUUCUUGGACUUCGAUGAUAGCUGGUUAUAAUAAAUCAGGAGAUGUUGAGUCAGCGCGCAAGUUGUUCGACAAAAUGCCGGAAAAGAACUUGGUUACUUGGAGUACAAUGAUCAGUGGCUAUGCUAAGAACAAUUGCUUUAAUAAGGCAAUUGAAUUGUAUAAUGUUCUUCAAUCAGAAGGGGUUCAAGCAAAUGAAACUGUUAUGGUUAGUGUGAUGUCUUCAUGUGCUCAUUUAGGUGCACUUGAAUUGGGAGAAAAAGCACAUGAUUAUGUGGUUAGAAAUAAAAUAACUGUCAAUUUGAUACUUGGUACUGCCCUUGUAGAUAUGUAUGCAAGAUGUGGAAGUAUUGAUAAAGCUGUCCAGGUUUUCGAUGAACUUGGGGAGAAGGAUGCCUUAAGUUGGACAGCCCUUAUUGCUGGAUUUGCAAUGCAUGGUCAUGCUGAAAAAGCACUUCAAUAUUUCUCAGAAAUGAUAAGAACAGGGCUAACCCCGAGAGACAUAACCUUUACAGCAGUUUUGUCUGCAUGCAGUCACAGGGGAUUGGUUGAAAGAGGGAUGAAGAUAUUUGAAACCAUGAAAAGAGACUAUUGUGUUGAGCCUAGGUUGGAACACUAUGGGUGCAUGGUUGAUCUGCUAGGCCGAGCAGGGAAAUUAACGGAAGCUGAGAAGUUUGUUCUUGAUAUGCCAGUGAAGCCUAAUGCUCCAAUUUGGGGAGCAUUGCUCGGAGCUUGUCGGAUACAUAAAAAUGCAGAAAUUGCAGAAAGAGUAGGAAAGACCCUCAUUGAGUUGCUGCCAGAACACAGUGGAUACUAUGUGCUGCUUUCAAACAUUUAUGCACGCACGAACAAGUGGAAGAAUGUCGAAAACAUGAGAGAGAUGAUGAAGGUAAGGGGAGUAAAGAAACCGCCCGGAUAUAGUCUCAUUGAGAUAAAGGGGAAAGUUCAUAAAUUUACCAUAGGAGACACAAUACACCCAGAAAUAGAGAAGAUUGAAAAAAUGUGGGAAGAAAUUCUCAAGAAGAUAAAAACAGCAGGAUAUACUGAAAAUACUACUGAUGCAAUGUUUGACAUAGAUGAAGAGGAAAAAGAGAAUACCCUGCACCGGCACAGUGAGAAGCUAGCUAUAGCAUAUGGGAUCAUGAGGACUAAAGCACAUGCCCCUAUUCGGAUAGUGAAGAACUUGCGGGUAUGUGAAGAUUGCCACACGGCUACAAAGCUGAUAUCUAAGAUUUACGAGCGAGAGUUGAUUGUAAGAGACCGAAACAGGUUCCAUCAUUUUAAAGGAGGAGUCUGUUCUUGCAUGGAUUAUUGGUGAACAAGUCAAAACUAUAUGAUUUGUUGUUUUCUUAUAGAUUAAACUUCUGAAAGAAUUUUUUGUGGCUUGCUUUACUAUUACUACAAAGGUGGGAAGCAAAUGCUUUUCCCAUAAAGAGAAAUUAAUAUA